AGAUGGCCCCGGCCUGGCUGUCCGCGGCGCUGCCCGCUGCCAUUUGCCUGCUCCGCUUCCACGGCCCCGGGGCAUCCGGGCCCCGUCUGGGGCUGGAGGAGGAGAAGGAGAAGGAGAAGGAGAAGGAGAAGGAGAAGGAGAAGGAGAAGGAGAAGGAGAAGGAGAAGGAGAAGGAGAAGGAGAAGGAGAAGGAGAAGGAGAAGGAGAAGGAGAAGGAGAAGGAGAAGGAGAAGGAGGAGGAGAAGGAGAAGGAGAAGGAAGGCGGGGACGUGGUGGACCUCAGCGAGGCCGAGCCCGCCCUGCCCCGCUCCAUGUGGGCCUUCCUGGAGAGCGGCGAGCUGUCGGCUGCCCGCAGUUUUUGAUGUAUAUGAAGGCAUUGCUAAGGAGGACAUAACAGGCAGCAUUAAAUCCGAGGUGUCAGGAGACCUGGAAGAUGCUUUGCUGGCUGUGGGUGAGUGCUCUGCUUUUAAACCUUGUCUACAAAGUAAUGAAAUGAUGAGAGGUGCUGUGAGUUCCCUUGAUUGGCUGUUGCAUAGUUUCAGACAUGGUUUGUCUUUGGUUAUGGGCACAAAGCCAGGCUGGGUGGGACCUGGAGCACCCUGGUGUAGAGGGAGGUGACCCUGGCAAUUGCAGGGCGGUUGGAACAAGAUGAUCUUAGGGGUCCCUUCCAACCCAAACCAUUCUAUGAUUCUAUGCUUUACAGACCCAAUUGGGUGAGAAGGUGUUGUGCUUUAUAGUACAGCAUGCUUGAUCAAAGGAUGCUUGGGCAGCAGAGGUUUGCUGUCAGGAGGCAUGGAAGCCUUCCCGCAAAUACUGCUGUGCACCAGGCACAGAGACAUCAGCUCCCAGCGUGUCACUGACUGUGGAUGCCUGCACUGCACCUGCUGUUUGCUAGCCUGGAGUUGCAUCUUGACAGAAGAAACAGCUGCACCAUGAAAGUGCUGCACAGCGAUGUGGAAAACCUCCUGCUUUUCUGACCUUAAUUCUCUUGUUCUUGU